AUUAUCUAUAUCUGUGGUUGUAUAUUUCUUCAGGAUCGUCGAUUGUGACUACUAUAAAAAAAAAUGUAAAUAAAUAGAUUUAUUUUUAAAGUCGUGUCUUCAACCCAUACAGUAAUUACUCUAUGAUUUGGGCUUAAGUUUCUUCAAACAAUUAAUAGGUAUCACAGUAUAAUAGUUUUAUUAAGCGCCAACUACGCCAUCUAUCGUUGUAUGUGGUUUUUUGUUAGGACCAUGAGUUAUUGAGAUAAUCGAAACUAAUAUUAUAAUAUUAAUAUUGGGUUUGUCUUAAGAUUUUCUAAAAAAAUUUGGGCGGUGAACGUGUUUAUAACAAUUAAAAAACAAACAAACAAACCCUUGUUAUGCAUUUUUUGAGUUCAACAUGCCGGGCAUAGAAUAGUGUUCUAUGUUUUGUGCGCUCAUUGAGUGUCCCGUUUAGUUGUGGUUCUGUGCACGAUUAAAGAUAGUAUCUUAAAUCGUUAUCACGGCUAAUCAUGUUACAAGAAAUCAUAAUAUUAUGAUUAAUGAUAAUAUCAAAAAUUCAAAACUUGGUUUUUGGAAUUUUAUAGAUAUUUAAUAUUUAUUCUUAUUUCUUACAGACUACAGGAUUAUGACAGUUUAUUAUGCUAAUAUUUUUUAAUCCUAGUCUAAUGAUCGAUGAAAAACUAUAAUAAUUUAAUGAUAUCUUUGAUAGUUGAUAGUUUAAUUUUGAUUUAUAGACCUAUAAUUUUUUUUUAAUAACUUAUUUGAAUGUUUGUAUAUUUAUUUAUUUAAUUUUUGAGUUGAUCGUAAUUAUUGUCAAAUAUUCUACUUAUAUUUCAAAAUGAUAAAAGAGUUAAGCACUGUCAGAGAAUGCAUUGUAAACACAAAUGUGACAUUAAAGUCUAUAAUUCAGGAUAUAUAUUCGUGUGAUGGACCUAUUGAGUCUUUAACUCAGUUAAAUGCAGAUGGAAGAAAUCAAAUUAAUGUAUUUAGAAAUUUAAUAGAAAACUUAGAGCUUUACGCACGAGAAGCGGAAAGUCAGCAAGAACGAUCAGAAGUUCUAGAAGAAGCUCGAAAUCAGAGAGAAUAUUUAACUAGUAACAUUGCUUCAUUCAGAAAGGCUAAUGUGGAAUGUAUGGCGAGGAUUCACAAAAAAUCUAGUGAACAGUUGUUAGGUACAAGCAAAGAAGAACAAGUGCGUCAUAAGCUAAAAAUGGAUAAAGAAAAUUUAUUAAAACAGUCAUCAACUGUUACCAAUCAACUUUUAUCAGUCAGUAGACAACUUGCAAGCACAUCUCAACAAAGCUUGGAUACUCUUGAAACUCUUUUGAAGUCAUCUUCAACUGUAUCUAAUAUAAGCAGUGAAAUUAAAAAUGCCAAAGGAGCAUUAACUCAGUCCGAAAAACUUUUGAAUAAAUAUGGACAACGUGAAACAACUGACAAAAUUCUUAUUAUGUUUGCUUUUGCAUUCUUUUUAUGUGUUAUUGCUUAUAUCGUUCAAAAACGACUUUUUUAAUGACAAAGUGGUAUAUAGAUUUAAGUUUAAAGAUUGUAAUGAAAUUUGGUUGAUCUGUAUAAUAUGUAUAUUGUAUAUAUAAAUGGGGAUGGUGUAAUAUUUUUUUAUUAUUUAUCAA